UUCUAGCGAACCAGUCUCAGUCGUGCACACUGCACAACUUGUAUCGAGUAAGUUGGCUCGAAAGGCCGUUCGGGUCGCGUCUCUCCUGACGUUUUAUUGUGCCAGGUGCCACUGAUCCCCAUUCGCAGAUGAAUCGAUAUAAAAUACAGGCCUUUUCAAACCAAUAGGACACCAGCCUGAGAACCGCGGAAAGCCCUGCCCUAUAAGUAGGAGCGAAACAACCACAAAGUCCUAAAAGCAUUUGUUAAAAUUAACAUAAAGGGUGGAAGUAUAAGAAGACAACGAUGGUGGAUAAGAUAGCAGAGAAAAUCAUCAUGACCCCAAAGGGAAAGACGGCCAAUUCGACGAGACUUUUGAUCGAAAGGAAAGCGAUUUCGGAAGAGGAGGCGAAAAAUGACAAAAUGCAUGUGGCAGGUGGCGACCACGCAGGGAUCGUCAUUAACAAAACCGUUGCCGAUGAUGUUGAAGACACAAUUCCAGAAAUUUCCAUUCAGUUCCUCGUAUUCCUCGUUAAUGGACAGACUGGUUCACACACCCAUGAAAGCAGGAAACUCCUGUUUUGGUUCAAACCACAAGUUCCUGUCCAUGAGAGGGCAACUGUCGCCCAAGAGUUCUUCAAGGAAUUGGUCAGCCCACAGAAUUUUCCAAGAGACUAUGUCGGCUUCAUUAAAAUGCUUAUGAAACUUAUGCAAAACCGCCAUCCUACUGUUAGAAAACUGGAGAUUGAAUUAAAGCAGUUGGAACAGGCUAAAUUCCCCAACCGUCCGACAAGGCCGAAUUGCCUCCUCAUUGAUUUGAAGGAUUAUGACAGUGAGCUGUCAGUUUCAUCCGAUGACAGUAUAGUAGGAAAGCAAGUUAUGCUUACACAAGAAAAAGUGCUAGAAAUGAUUGAAGCAGCCUAUCCGAAUCCUGUCACUGUGGAAGAUCUUUCAAAGGAGCACAAUUGGGAACAGGACCUGGUCACGCAGACCCUUGACAAGCUCAAAGAAAAGCAGCUGGUGAAAGCCAUGGAACAUGGCGCUUUCACAAGAGUAAUUCAGCACGAACAAAACAUUAAGAUUGUAAAGACGAUGCCAGCAAUAGUAAGUUCAAAGCAACCAACAAUAGCAAUCAUAACAGCACAAUACUGCGAAAAAUUAGCUGUCGAUGCUAUGAUGGACAACAAAGAGACUUUUGUCCGAUAUACGACAGUCGGAGGAAACCCAAAUAUGGAUGGAUUUUCAAUGAAGCCUUCAUUUAUUAAGUCGACACGGUUUGGGGAGUCAAAUGUCUACACUUUAGGAAAUAUUGGAUCUCAUAGAAUAGUCUGCACAAAACUCCCGACAUUGGGAUAUACAAGGGAAGCCGUGACUUCAGCUGGAAAUACAACGACAAGGCUUUUAGGUACUUUUCAAAAAGUAGACUACGUAUUUCUUGUAGGCGUUGGCGGUGGGGUUCCUCAUUAUACAGACUAUACAAAACAUGUACGCCUUGGUGAUGUAAUCGUGUCUUGCGCUACACAGCCGAACACAUAUGCCUAUACCUAUUGUGAAAGUGUGAAAAGUGGUAAUAACAAUGAUUUGAUAUUUGAAUAUAAACAUCACAACCCAGCAAGUCUUGACCUUCAAAACGUAGCUCGGCAGCUUAAAGAAGAAUAUAAUGCUGAAAACAAAACUCCCUGGUUCGAUUGUAUGGUGGAUGCUUUGGAAAUUUUGAAGGAACAAAGUGAACAUGAUUUCCACAGGCCUUCAAUAGAAACUGACAAAUUAUACAUGGCGAUUGGUGAAAAGGACGUAAUUGAAGUUUCGCAUCCACAGCCAUCUGAUGAAACAGAUGCAUCAAGAUUAGAAGGUUGUCCCCGUUUACAUCUUGGCCCGAUUGCAUGUGGACGAGGAGUCAGCAAGGAUGCUAGGCUCAGGGAGGCGUUUUCAUUACAAACACAAGCGCUUGCGUUUGAUUUCGAGUCUGACUCGGUCGUCGAAUCAAUAGUCGGCAAUUGCCGGGAUAAUUGGACCUUGGUCAGAGGUAUUGCUGAUUAUAAGGACGGCCAGAAGAAAGGCCCGUGGCAGCCAUUCGCUUCUCUCGCCGCCGCUGCAGUCAUGAAAUCAAUAAUCUGUGCAAUGGAACCUUCAAGCGACUAAAAGCCAAAAUCAACAAAAAGUGAACAAUUUUACAUUCCUAUCACACAACAAAGUUCAGCCUGAUGUACCUGAAGCUGCCAAAAUAACGAGCUUUUGAUGCUGAACUUUAAAAACUUAAUUUUGUCCUGUACAAUUAGCUACCCCUAGUCAUAAUUCUCCAAGAAUUAUCUUACUUUCUGAUAAUCUUCCGCAGUUAUUGUUAUUAAUUAAUAUUAGGAAUCAUAUUAUUAAAUUGGGAACAAAUAUUAAUCGAACUCUUGUUUUAUAUUCUCAAGUUUAUUUCACAUUAGUGUGUUAGAAUUAAUGUCUGAAGACAUUUUCUAUUGAAAAUUACUGUAUGUUUUGAAUUAAUUUUUCGUUCUUAAUACUACUUUUGAUUGUGAUAAAAAUCAUUACUGAUAAGUAUUUAUACAAUUUAAAAUAAUGUUACUGUAUAGUAAAUAUUUAUUGUAUCUAACAAUUAAGUAGUUACCAAUUUAUAAAUAAGAAAAUAACACUGCCUAACUUAAUGAAACAACGGCGUCAAUAUUGACUUAAAAUUGAGUUGAGUAAAAGUUUAUGUCUGUUAUUAUUAUAUUUUUAUACUUAUAGACAAAAGAAUUUAUUUGAAGUUGAAUUAUAUGUCACUUCCUUUUUAUUUGUCAUGUUAUGAAUAAAUUUAAAUUAGAAAUUUUA